GUAAAAACAAUAAUCCUCCCCUCCAAUGCUCUCUCACUCCUCCCAUAUCGCCCCCCUCCGUGCAUCCAGGAGCAGGCUUAUAAAUAUCACCUCAUCCAUUCCGCAUUCUCUCCAAUUCGCAUAUCCCCGAAGUAACAUAUACACAAUUUCUACAAACCGACCGAUUACCGGCAGCGCGAGCCGAAAACUGGAUCUCAGACGUCCUUUGGAUACUGGCUCUGUAGGGUCUCGUCUAGCCACUGUUUCAAGGCAUUUCUCAGCUCUAGCGGCAGUUCAGAACAGCAAUAGCAGCGGUGCUACAGACACAAUGCCACCCGUGGAGACUAAGCAAUACGAUUACAUUGUCAUUGGGGGCGGCAGUGGUGGCAGUGGGAGCGCUCGCAGAGCCGCAGGAUGGUAUGGAGCGAAGACAUUGAUCAUCGAAAGGGGAGCUGCUGGAGGGACAUGCGUUAAUGUUGGAUGUGUCCCAAAGAAGAUGACAUGGAACUUUGCGACGAUCAAUGAAACAAUUGAGGUCGGCAGACAUUACGGUUACGAUUUCCCGGAACACGUCAAGUUCGACUAUACACACUUCAAGAAACUCCGUGACUCGGUAGUCAAGCGCCUCAAUGGUGCUUACGAGAGAAACUGGGGCCGGGAGGGAAUUGACCUUGUGCACGGAAAGGCCAGUUUUGUGGAACCAAAGACUAUUGAGGUGGACCUUGCCGAUGGCUCAGGGAAGGUUAGAUACUCGGCUCCUCAUAUCCUGAUUGCUACUGGUGGAAGACCUAUUGUUCCCAAUGUAAAGGGGGCAGAAUACGGUAUUACCAGCGAUGGCUUUUUUAAUGAUAUGGAGGAGCUUCCUCCCAAGUUCGCUGUUGUCGGGGCUGGGUACAUUGCCGUUGAGUUAGCAGGUGUCAUGGCUGCUGUUGGUGUUGAAACACAUAUGUUCCUACGGGGCGAUACGUUCCUGCGGAAAUUCGACCCAAUGAUCCAGAAGACGAUGACGGAACGAUACGAGGCGAGCGGCGUGCACCUUCACAAGCAUUUUGAUGGCUUCAAGGAAGUCCAGCUGUUGCGUGAUGGGAAGGGCAAAGACAAACUGCUCAGACUGAUCAAGAAUGAUGGCACAGAAAUCGAAGUCAAUGAACUGCUGUGGGCUAUUGGCCGGGCACCCGAAGUCGAGGGCUUGAACCUUACCAUCCCCGGUGUCAAGCUGAACCGUGCUGGACAUAUCAUUGCAGAUGAGUACCAGAAUACUUCAGUCAAUGGCAUCUAUGCUCUUGGUGAUGUUACUGGACAUGCAGAACUAACUCCUGUUGCCAUCGCCGCCGGGCGUCAGCUUAGCAGUCGUCUCUUCGGGCCACCUGAACUUAAAUCCGCCAAGAUCUCAUACGAGAACAUCCCAACUGUCGUCUUCUCCCAUCCGGAAGUAGGCACGACCGGCCUCACAGAGCCCGAGGCCCGGGAGCGUUUUGGAAAUGACAAGGUCAAGAUCUAUCGCACCCGGUUCACCGCCAUGUACUACGACCCGCUACCAGCGGAGGAGAAGAAGAAGUUCCCGACUGAGAUGAAAAUCGUUUGCGUUGGGCCGGAGGAGAAAAUUGUCGGUCUCCACAUCUUGGGAUUGGGCGUUGGCGAGAUGCUCCAGGGAUUUGGUGUGGCCAUCAAGAUGGGUGCGACGAAGCAGGAUUUCGACAGCUGCAUUGCUAUUCAUCCUACCAGUGCUGAGGAAUUGGUGACAUUACGUUAGAGGGUCUGCAACGGUCUUCUGAUCUGUUUAUCGAAGACAAUAAUAGUACAUAUGUAGCAUGCGGAGACAUCAUCGAGCGCCGUACGAGAAGGUAUUAAUUAAUUACGCUCUGUAGGCUAAAUCUUCGCCCGGCUGUUCUGCCGUAUCUUCGGAAACUAUCUAGGUGGCCGACUAGCUGCGAAUAGCGGUCUAUCUGAGAUAAAUGGAGCGAAGCAUAACUGUCUACCCAAGCAUUUCGAUUUCCUGGUUCUUCGCUAGAUUCCCUUUCCAGUAUCAUUUCUUUCUUUAUCUUUUAUCUUUUGUUCUCCGUGUUCAGCGCGAGCUCUGGUAGCCAAUUGAGCCAUGAAUAUGUCAAGAUUUAUAUUUUAACUAGAGGUGGG